CGUUGUUUACAAAAUGGCGGAUCGCGACAUGCCACGGCUCUGCAUGCCACCACAGAGGCAUGCCACACAUGUUCCCCUUGUUCCCUCCCUGUAUCACCUGUAGUGAUUUAAUUACUGUCAAACGCUUCAUGGCUUUUUAUGUGUGAAAGUGAUUUUCCCAAUUCGUCUACAUGUCGAGCGCAACCAGUAACACCGUGUUAAACGCCGACAUGCAGGAGGGCCAAGAGGAAGACGAAACCUACGUGCUGGUCGAACUGACGGGCGUCAUUGACAGCGAGGUGAUGAACUUGGCGGGCAAGACGUGUUCUAUGCUCGGCGUGGACACGGCCGAGCCCGUGCUCAAGCUCGGCUCGUACCUGUUCACGGGUGAGUACAGCGACACCGUCGGGACGUGCGUGCUCUUCGAGGACAUGGGACUGGCCAGCGAGCCGUCUACUUCCAAGUCGGUGUCGUCGUUCAGCAGGCACCCGCCCAAAGUUCUCAGGUACUUAGCCAAGACCGAGAAGCGACUGGACAUGAAGACGUCCUUUCUGCAGGAAAAGGCGUCGUGCGAGGCGCCCGACGAGAGCACGGCGGAUCCCAGUUCCUCUAGCGACAAAGUCGCUUCGAGUUAGCUUUACAAGAUAAACUGUCUGGGUGCAUGAUAGAUCGAAUCACUGCGAGAAGAUGACACUGUUGUUGCUGCUAGUUGGCUGGAGCGGAUUGUAUACACUGCGUGACACAUUUAGCGCGAACAACAAAUUAAUAUUUUUUUUA